GCCUGUUAUUCCAUUGUUUUUGCGUUGUUUUCACUCGUCUGAGCCCCUGCACCUUCCGAAUAAUAUAUAAUGAUAAGAAUAAGAUGAUAGUAAGUGCCAUGAGUUUUGUGGGCUCAUAAGCGCUGGAAAAAGUUUGAAGCAUAGAAGAGAAAGAUGGUCGGACCAGAGAGGCCUCAGUUUGUGCUGUUUGGUUCGUCCAUAGUUCAGCUCAGUUUCAGUAAUGGAGGGUGGGGUUCGAUUCUGGCUGACAUUUAUGCUCGUAAGGCAGACAUAAUUUUGCGAGGAUACGCUGCUUGGAAUUCAAGGCGUGGCCUACAAGUACUUGAACAAAUUUUUCCCAAGGAUGCUGCCGUACAACCUGCUUUGGUUAUAGUCUAUUUUGGUGGUAAUGACUCCAUGCACCCUCACCCUAGUGGCCUUGGCCCUCAUGUUCCCUUGCCGGAAUAUAUCGAGAAUAUGAGGAAGAUUGCUCUGCAUCUCGAGAGCCUUUCUCCAGAGACGCGCAUCAUAUUUCUUAGUACUCCUCCUAUCAACGAGCAACAAAUUAAAGAAACCCUAAGUGGGAUAUUUGGAAAAGUAAAUCGAACAAAUGAGGACUCCCGAGUAUAUUCAGAAGCUUGUUUGCAGCUCUGUCGGGAGAUGGAUGUGAAGUGCAUUGAUCUUUGGACUGCACUGCAGCAACAAGAUGACUGGUUGACUACUUGCUUCACGGAUGGGAUUCACUUUUCAGCAGAAGGGAGCAAGAUUGUGGUCAAAGAAAUUCUGAAGGUCCUAAGAGAAGCAGAUUGGGAACCAAGACUACACUGGAAAUCAUUGGCACCUGAAUUUUCAGAGGAUUCAUUGUAUGAUGCAAUAGCCCCUGAUGGAAAGACUACCGUUAACGUUUCUAACAGGGAUGUUGAACGACAUAUGCAGUGGGAAUAGCUCUUAAUAGGCCCUCAUUUAUAUCUGCUUAAGCUGUACAUAUCUGCAGAUUAUAUCAAUAUUAUCAAUAAGCAGAGCAUAAAAAGCCUGCAGCGUGUUCGGUUUUGGAAAUGAUUGUAAUCUUCAACAACAAAAUUUGUAAUGCUUUCAUUAACUCUUUUAGUACUCUUUUCAUCAA